AUGUGUUCCUCUUCAAAAUAUUACCUCAUUGUCCUUAAUGUUUUCUUUCUCAUCUUAUCUUUCGUGUUUAUAACUAUUGGCGUUAUCAUUCAGACUACUUUGGCCGCAAAUUACACCUUCUUAAGCGAACAUCUCGCUCCACCGGCGGCUGUAAUGCUCACCUUCGGACUCCUAGUCUUUUCCGUCUCACUUCUCGGUCUCUUCAGUGUCUCCUGCCGAAGCCACUAUCUAUUGUGGAUCUACAUCUGCUUCCUAGUCAUUCUGAUCGUCGUCGAAUUCUUUCAGGUGAUCUCCGGUUUGAUAGCCAAGUCGCACGUGUUGAGAUUAAUUGUAGACUCCCUGCGCGCUGCACAGUUCAAAUAUACGAGGGACUAUCUUGCCAGUUUCACUUGGGAUUCUAUCCAGCGGGACUUCAAGUGCUGUGGUGUUUCCAACGUCCAGGAAUGGUCUCCUCAUUUGCACAACUCGUCUCUUCCGGACUCCUGUUGCACGGUCUACAUUAUCGACUGCGGUAAAACUGCACUCGAAACUGGGAACUUUUAUCAAAGCGGCUGCAUCGGUGCCAUUUCCCAAUGGAUUGACCGACAUCAAAUCAUAAUUGGGGUAUCUGUGUGUAUCAUAAUUAUUCUUCAGCUUUUGUCCCUCGCAUGUUCAAGGGGUUACCUACAAGUUCUUCAAUGUUAUGGCUCCGCUAAAGGCUGA